UUUAUAUCUUCACAUUCCCCUUCGCCGGGCGGAGUCUCUGCCCGCCGCGAAUGGAGCUGGCUGGUGCUGGGCUGCUCGCCAGUGGCUCCGCGAGUCCCGCGAGUGGGAGAAGGGAACAGAAGAGGAGGCGGAGGAGGAGGCGGCGGCGGAGGCUCCUGUUCGGCCUUCACCAUGUCGAGUCUCCACAAGAGCAGGAUUGCAGAAUUUCAAGACAUCCUUAGUGAGGCCAACAUCUCGCUAGAGAAGCUCCGUGAACUUUGCUUCAGCGGGAUUCCCUUUGAAGGUGGCUUGCGCUGUCUGUGUUGGAAGAUCCUCUUGAACUACCUUCCCGUGGAGAGCACCUUAUGGAGCUCUGUUUUGCAGAAGCAGAGAGAAUUGUAUACCCAGUUUUUGAAGGAAAUGAUUAUACAGCCUGGAAUAGCCAAAGCCAACCUCGGAGUCUCUAGAGAAGAUGUGACCAUGGAGGAUCAUCCACUGAAUCCGAACCCUGAUAGCAGAUGGAACACUUACUUCAAGGACAACGAAGUGCUGCUGCAGAUAGACAAGGAUGUCAGGAGGCUGUAUCCUGACAUGGCAUUCUUCCAGAGCAUGACCGAAUACCCCUGCCUGUUGAUCCUGGACCCCCUGAAUGAUUUCGAGACCCUCCGGAAGCGAGUGGAGCAGACAACGCUCAAGUCACAGACAGUGGCACGGAACCGGAGUGGCGUCACAAACGUAAGUUCUCCUCUGAAAACGCUGGCCUCUAACUCGCUGAACGAGUAUGAGGUUCUGCCCAAUGGCUGUGAGGCUCACUGGGAGGUCGUAGAACGAAUCCUCUUCAUCUAUGCUAAACUGAAUCCGGGGAUAGCCUACGUCCAAGGGAUGAAUGAAAUCGUAGGACCUCUUUACUACACGUUUGCUACAGACCCCAACAGCGAAUGGAAAAAACACGCAGAAGCGGAUACCUUCUUUUGUUUCACUAACCUCAUGUCUGAAAUCAGGGAUAACUUCAUCAAGAGUCUGGAUGACUCUCAGUGUGGCAUCACCUACAAAAUGGAGAAGGUGUACUCCACCUUGAAAGAGAAAGAUGUGGAGCUCUACAUGAAACUGCAAGAGCAGAACAUCAAGCCCCAGUUUUUCACCUUCCGCUGGCUAACGCUGCUGCUGUCCCAGGAGUUUCUGUUGCCAGAUGUCAUCCGCAUCUGGGAUUCUCUCUUUGCUGACGACAACCGUUUUGACUUCCUGCUGCUAGUCUGCUGCGCCAUGUUGAUGCUCAUUCGGGACCAAUUACUAGAAGGAGAUUUUACUCUGAAUAUGCGACUUCUGCAGGAUUACCCCAUCUCUGAUGUUCACCUGAUCUUGAAGAAGGCAAAAGAUCUUCAAGACUCCAAAUAGCCCUGGAUCGUAGAGAGAGUCUCUGCAGGUACCUGGAGGUGGAGUCUGU